GGUCUCUCGUUGAAUUUGGGCCGGUCAUAUUUUAAGGAAUAUAAGAAACGUACAAGAGUCGGAUACUAGAGGGACAUCGAUCGUUGUCUGUUUUCACAAGAAAAAAAACAGAGAAACUUUGUUUGGAGAGAACAGAGGAAGAGGUUGAAGAUGGAGGAGCUUGCAGGGCUUCUGAGGAUCCGAGUGAAGAAAGGGAUCAAUCUCGCUAGACGUGACUCUCUAAGCAGCGAUCCUUUUGUUGUCAUAACCAUGGGAACACAGAAACUGAAGGGUCGUACUGUGGAAAACAACUGCAACCCUGAGUGGAACGAGGAGUUGACACUUGCGCUCAAACACCCCAAUGAACCUGUGACUCUGAUAGUGUAUGAUAAAGAUACAUUUACAUCGCACGACAAGAUGGGAGAUGCAAAGAUCGACAUCAAGCCGUUCCUAGAGGUUCAUAAACUGGGUUUGCAAGAACUUCCAGAUGGGACAGUGAUCAAGAGAGUUUUGCCCACCAAAGAAAACUGCUUGUCUGAAGAGAGCAGAAUCGUCUACCAUAAUGGCAAGAUCGUUCAGGACAUGAUUCUGGUGUUGAGGAAUGUUGAAUGCGGUGAAGUCGAGAUUCAGCUGGAGUGGAUAGAAAUUCCAGGUGGUAGAGGACUCUAAGAAACACAUGAAAUGUUUUGAUGUUUCCUACUGUAUUUAUCUGUGUGUGUGUGUGUGUUUGUAAUAAAAGCCACAGGUUCUGUAAUAAAAUCACACUUUGUUUAACGUAGCAUAAGAAUUAGCUCAUGCACACUGAAUUUCAAAAACAA